AUGACAUUAAUGUUUGAAACGCGUCAUCACGAGCAUGUUUCCUCUCCGCCUCCCAAUAUUCGUACGUUACUUGUGGAUUCGGUUGACAAAGUUGCAGAUAACGCUGGCGAUGGUGCUUUUUCAGACCACACGGACACUUUUGCAGGAAAUCUAGGAAUCGUCGAUGAGGGACCAACACCGUCAAGUUUGAGUGUGGCUCACACUGACAAUGCUUGUCAGGAAUUUAGACAAAAUGAUAGUGUUAUGAACGAGGUUCCUUCGCAACUUGCUGUUGACGAGCUUGCCGCCUUCAACGUAAUCAAAGAAGCAGAAAGUUUGACCAGAGAGAUGCUAUCAGAGAAAGAAGAUGAAAGCGCAAAUGAACAAAACUUUCAAUUGACAAGCGACAACGCCACGGCAGACGAGCAUCCAGUCGAACAUAUAUUACAAAGUGAGGUCGUGCCGCUGAAUUCGAACGCAUCGAUCCAAGAAACGAUUGCCUUCAUGUCGCCGCAAAGAUCGGAUGCACCAACAAAUAUCCCGACAAGGGAAAGCUGUGUUGCAAGCUCUCCAUCAUAUGUCGUGAAGGAUACCGACCACAACACCCCUGGUAGUGCGAUGAACGCAAUGGAAUUAUCUGCAGAAAGCAGUGAAGAAAACCAAGCAGUGUCUGUUGACCCUGAAGUUCCGCUCGAAAAGGAGUCGCCCGUUCAAGUACCAGUAGUAUCUGAAUAUAGUGUGCAAUACGACUGCAGUUUGAACAAAGAGAAGCCCACUGAGUCGACCGUUGAUAGUAUCGUCAACGAUACUAUUCGAACUAACAAUCAUGCCAUUGCAUCGUUAGAGCGACUGAACGAGGUGGAAGCCAAUUACAAGAGUGCGAAGACUUUGCUUUUGAUACAGGAAGAAAAAUUGCGUCAAGUGAAAAGCAGCAGUAAAAGUUGUCGAAGGAUGGAAAUUCUUUGCGGCAUUGCUUAUGAUCUACAGUGGCAUGUUGCUUCUCCUUCGUGCGGCUUGAACGCAUUUCGAAAACAAGAGCUGUUGGGUAAGCUUGGCACCUACCUUGAAGCUAUAUUGAUACGAAAGGAGCAGACACUGCAAGAAAGAGCUGACGCGUUGCAAGCUGGCUUAGAGCAUUUUCUAGCUGUGGACAUACCUAUUGUCGAUAACCAAGUUGCCGAAAAGAAGACAGAAGCUGUUAAGCUUAACAGCAUUUCGAAUAGCAACAAUAUGCCAUUAAUCCAGACUGAUAUGCACGACGACCGACCUGGUGAUGGAAAUGAUAGAGUGUGGGAGGACGAUGAUUGGUUUGAAGAAGGAGCAUUUGAUGACCCGGCAAGUGAAUCAGAUGAGCAAGAAGAUGUUGUGGCGCAGAUUUCUUCUGAAAAGAGUAACUUGAAACUCGGAGGUGAUUUUCUGGCCGUAAAGAUGGAAGAAGAGGCGUCGCUUCGGUGGCCUCGCGAGCUACCGCCGUUUUUGUGGUCCCUACUAGAACGAGUAAUAUCUUCUGAUCCACAAUCGUACGUUAUGAGGGUAACACUUAAGCGAUUGCUCGAUGAAAUCGCAAAGGGGGACCCAUACUAUUACCUGCACCCGACGAAUGCGUCUAAGAAUGCGAAUGUAUCUUCGCCGUUGCACUCGUCGCCCUCGCCAGGCUGUGAAUUCGGAUGCCGGGGCGCGUCAGCUUUGAAGUGGGAGCGAAAACUCGUGUCACAAAUCAGCUCGCGGAUGAAGUCCUUUGAUAACGUAGCGUAUUCGCUAGCCCGUAGUAGCGGAGGCAAAGAAGUCCUUAACCGCAAGAAGAUGAACUCGAUAAUCCGCAAAUUGCAUCUUGUUGCGAUGCAGCUGCACUCACUGGUAUCACACCUGUAUUGCGUGAAGGGCCACGUGACAUGCAAAGAGGUUGAUUCACUGCCAGUGGCGCUGAAUAAUUCCCAUUUUGAGCGCAAGAUGGGUGUAUACAAGUCAAGGCUAAAGCUUGUGGUUCCGCAUAAGUAUCAGCAGCAGACUCAACAAGAGCAACACAGUUCAAAUGAACCUGGCGAAGAGAUUUUACGGGACACGUACGAGUUCUUUCCCGAGCUGCUCCUCUGUAUUGAUAUCUGGGGAUAUAAUUAUCGAGAAAGCCUAGGAAAGCAGCACAACAACAAUUUGAUCAGUGGUAAACUUGCUGGCUCGGAAGCAAUCUCGGAGACUGCGCUGUUUCCACUCCGUUAUUUCCGUAAAGUGGAAAGUCUGGCGUUUGACUUUGAGAAUGACAGCAAUGAUCUGCUUCAUUGCGUCUGUGACGAGCUCCUUAACAUCGUGUGUUUGUGGAACGAUUUUAAGUGGACCGAUAAUCUUGAGGCUGUGGCAUUAGAUCGGGUGUUGUCUUUUGAGGCGGAUGUGACUGCUAGUAUCCUCAAGAUUCUUGAGCUUUAUGCUCACCACCUGCAGGCAUUAUGGUCAGUGCGUCUCAUGAAUGAACCUGACCAGCUUCGAUGUAUUCAAUUCACGGAGUUCAAUGCGUAUUAUAGUGAUCGAAGCCAAAGGAGCUUGAAUACGACUGCUCGCUCUCAGUCACGAAUACCAGGGGUGUCAGAGAAUCGUGGGGAUGGUCCUAUUUGCGACUCGAGAACUGUUGUUCAUCAUGUGGCAACCGAAGCCCUGGAGCAUCGCCUUGCUGAGGAGUAUUGGAAUCGAAAAGUCACCGCACUUUCUAAUCGGAACCCAGGCGAUGACGAGAUGGAAGUGGGUUCCGACUCCAAACUUCAAUUACUGAGUGAUGAAGUCAUUUGCUCGUGGGACCAACAUACUUUGGUAUCAUAUUUGCUACGGUGGAGCGACGUGUAUGCUAUUCGCACGGAAGUGAACGCGCUCUCAGUUGUUACAAACCAUAUGAUGAAGCACGUGGUCCAGAAGUUUAGGUUCAUGGGUCGUGACGACACUAACGUGACUAGUGGCAGUUAUGUGAACAAGACGAUGGUUGAUUCAUCGACAAGGCAGCUUCUUGCUGCUGUAGGUCGUGCGCAAAUGCUGAUCCAGGAUGCUGUAAUUGGUUCCGAGAAACUUGCGCUACAUUCUGCAUCAAACCAGCUUCCUAACGAGAAAAAGCAACUGAAGCCGUUAGAUUUCGAAGGCAGAACAGGAAAUAAAACAAGCUCUUCCAGCAGGGAAGCUGCACCAUCUUGCCCAAAUUCGACUUGCAUAAAUGACGCAGGUGCUCACUCGGAUGAUGCUGUUUCGGAGACCGUUUGUCAUGCUGAAGCCAUUGCGUCGAAAGAUGCAGACAGCUACGACGCUAUUGAAGACGUAAACAUUGACAUUGGUAUGACUGGAGAACAACCUGAAGUAAAUGAUCUGAUUCAAUUAUUGGCUGUCACGAAACAAGACAUGCAGGAGCUUUGCGGCCACAGACCGCGGUCAGCUCGCAUGCGUGAGAAAGUUCAGAUGCAAUCACUGCAGCUUGCGCGGCAAACGGUCGAGAUUUUCCGGAAUAUUAGGAACAUGUAUGGUUCCCAGCGGCGAUAA